GUCUCGUAUCCCAGCUCGUACCACACCACCGCUGCUGCUGCUUUUGCUGCUGCUUACUUUGCCUUUUCCUUCUGGAAGUUCCAGCGAUUUCACUGAUUUCAAGCAUUUGCCCACCAUGUGGAUCAUUAACUGGUUCUACGACCUUCUGGCCUCCCUUGGCCUGCUCAACAAGCACGCCAAGCUGCUCUUCCUCGGUCUCGACAAUGCCGGAAAGACCACCCUCUUGCACAUGCUGAAGAAUGACCGCGUUGCCAUUCUCCAGCCUACCGCUCACCCCACGUCGGAGGAGCUUGCCAUCGGUAACAACCGCUUCACGACCUUCGACCUGGGUGGUCACCAGCAGGCUCGCCGUCUCUGGAAGGAUUACUUCCCUGAAGUCAGCGGUAUCGUCUUCCUGGUCGACGCCAAGGACCACGAGCGGUUCCCCGAGUCCAAGGCCGAGUUGGACGCCCUGCUUGCGAUGGAGGAUCUGGCCAAGGUCCCCUUCUUGAUCCUGGGCAACAAGAUCGAUCACCCGGAUGCCGUCAGCGAGGAUGAGCUCCGUCACCAGCUGGGUCUGUACCAGACCACGGGUAAGGGCAAGGUCCCUCUCGAGGGAAUCCGGCCCAUCGAGGUGUUCAUGUGCAGUGUUGUCAUGAGACAGGGUUACGGCGAAGGUAUCAGAUGGCUGUCUCAAUACGUCUAAACGGUGGUAUACCCAUCCUUGAUUUCCCGGAAUCGCCUAAGCCUACCUGCC